AUGAAGACUAUACUACGAAAAUCGGGCGACGGUACAACAUCGUCUCCUGCUUCGACUACAAAGACAUUCACCAAGAGACUUUCUGCUGCACCACAGCCAGAGCCACAACCAGAGGAGACGGCAGCAGAGCCGGAAAUGCUCAGCCCCGACCUUUCGGCCGACGAAGAAGUUGCGCAGGCAUAUGUCGCCGACUACCAGAGCGCGGCCCAGGUACCGAGAGCACAGAUUUAUGAAGAACGCGCCAGGAAACUAGGAGACCAUUACGGCGUGGAAAUCGAGCCAACAGGCUGGCAUGCGACUGAAGGCGAGGUUUAUCGAAUAGAGAAGCCGAUCCGCGUACGUGUACACAAAGAUUGUCACCGAUGUCAGACCUCUUUUGGAAACAGCAGCCAAUGCCCCAAUUGCAACCACCAUUACUGUUCAAAAUGCGGCCGGGAUCCGCCCAAGCGUACCGACUCUCAGAAACAGGCCAGCAGGGAAAAACGGGAAAAGGCCGAGACGUCGGCCAUGAUGCGGAAACAGGAACAGUUUGCGCCCAUCAUACCGCACUACGGCCUUGCCGAACCGAUUGUGGUGACGCGCCCGAGCAGAACUGGAGGCCAGCCGUUGGUACACAAGGUCCCGCGCAUGAGGCUUCGGAGGAGUUGUCACAGGUGCAACACUACCUUUACUCAGAGCACGCGCGUUUGUGAGAACUGCGGCCAUCGUCGAUGUGACGAUUGCCCCAAGACUCCGCACAAGAAAAAGAAGUACCCAUACGGAUACCCUGGCGACGAGGACGGAACUUCCUCGUCUGCCUUUUACGAAUGUCACGAGUGUCACGAAAACUUCCCAGCGCAUGCCGAUGAUGGUGUUAGAUGCGCAAAUUGCUCUCAUGAAAAGUGCCCGGAAUGCCGUCGCAUGCCGCGCCGGGUGGUGAAUCUGGAACCGAAUCCAGAUAUACUACGAGGAAUAUCGAGUCGUUUCGAGCACCUGGAGUUGACCGAACCGAUUUCGAUUUAA